GGGUGAGCUCCCGGAGCUAGGCUCCGUAGGAGUAGUUCCCUGGAGUCUUCAGACGCUCUCCGAGUUUGGUAUGGUCAUCCCUUAUUGUUAUUAGUUAAAAGUGAAUAAUUGUCUAGAUUUAAGGUCAUCACUACUUGUAUUGAUUUCUGUUCAUGUGACACAAUACAAAGCCAGUGCGACAAUAUCCAUUUUAGAAAAUCUCCCCAUUGAUAUGGUAGCUACUUUCCCUUUAGAUUAUAUGCAUUUGUGUUGUUUGGGAGUAAUGCGAAAGCUGUUAUGGUCAUGGAUUAAAGGCCCAUUGUAUUGCAGAAUAAGUCACAAACAAAAAGAAAAAAUAUCAAAUUUUCUUGUAAUCUCACGGAUUUCAUUCCAUCUGAAUUUGCUCGCAAAUCGCGAUCUCUAACAGAGCUUGCUAGGUGGAAGGCAACUGAAUUGCGAACGUUUUUGCUCUAUACUAGGCCAGUAGUGUUGAAAAAUGUAUUGCCUACUCGUAUGUACGACCACUUUCUUAUUUUCCACGUAGCAAUUAAAAUCUUAGCUACGGAAGGAUUAUGUAAAGAAUUUAACCAGUAUGCGAAGGAAUUGCUUCAUUUAUUUGUUGGAGAGGCAAAGGGACGUUAGGGAAAAGAAUUUCUUUCAUACAACGUACACAAUCUUAUUCAUUUAGCGAACGACGUCGACAGGUUCGGGCAUCUUGAUGCUUUUUGUGCGUUUCCUUUUGAAAACUAUUUGCAACAAAUAAAAAAUCUUUUGCGAAAACAUGAUAAGCCAUUGCCCCAAGUUCUUAGAAGACUUAAUGAAAUCCAAAUGAACGAACUGCCUGUCGGAAUUUUGCCCGUGUCACAAACUGUAUUAAAAAAGAAGCAUAAUGGGGGACCAAUGAUAAAUGCCUGUAAUGGAAAGCAAUACAAGAUGCUGGUUUUUCAAUCAUGGACCAUUCGCACUAAUAGUAAUUCUGAUGGCUUUGUGAUUCUAAACAAUCAAAAAGUUGUGAGGAUUUCUAAUGUUGUGGAAAACGAAUACGGCGUAUUUCUGAUCGGGCAACAUUUCAUGCGAAAGAGUGACUCAUUUCACCAUCCGCUCGCAUCUUCCAGACUAGGAGUUUACUGUGCGGAACAAUUGUCUCCACUUAAGCGAUGGCCUAUUACGGCAAUGAAAUGUAAGGCUAUCUGUUUGCCGAAAUCGAUAAACAAUAGACGAGAAUUAUACGUUUAUCCUUUGCUUAUGCAAAGAAACUGACGGAAAUCAACGAUUUUAUUUGAAAUAUUACAUGUUGGAUACCUUCACAAGAUAAUUUUUCAUUUAUCCAACGAAUAGGAAUCUAAACACUUCAUUUUCAACAGUUUAACGUCGCUAUCUAUUUUACAAAUUUGGCAACAGUUGUUUUACUUUUCAUCUUCAAGUUAUCGUCUUUAAUAUCAGUGUCGUCUUCUCGAGUCGGUCACGUUUUCCGUGACUCAUCUCUCUCGUUGAACGUUAACUUUCUAUCUUCAAUCUUAUCUUCAGGAUUUAUCUAAUUAACAGGUAAAAUGUUUAUCAUUGCGAAGUAUUGGAUGGGUGCUGAAAAGAAUUACUGUGAACCGGAAGUUGUACCUCAAUCCUGGUAUUGUGCUGUUUCGCAGAAAUGUUGGUGGCCACCCACUAGUAUUAGUAAUGCUACAGUUAAAAAGCUAAUCAUAAAAUCAGCAAAGUAUGAUGAAAGUACCUGGACUUCUUAUGAUGCGGAAUGUAUUGCAACAUUCAAGACUUAUGGCGCAGCAAUGAAGGAAAUUGGUAAUGCUAUUCUUGGGAAAGAAAUCGUGUCACAGAAAAGCUCUACAGAUGUUGAUGGAACCAAACGAGUGACAGUGGAGAACAGCAACUGUCGAACAACAAAACUCGUGAACGGAAGCAGCAAACCAAAGCGCAGUCGUAUGGUUCCGGUUCAUCAUCGAGCGAGAUUGAACUAGAAGAUGCUAUUGGUCCACACCGGACACAACGUUCUCGUGUCAUAGAAAUGUCAUCUACAAAUUUCGGAUCAUCAGCAAUUACUACUUCAAAUGGACCAACUCAUUCUGCGGAGAUGGUUGGGCUUCCACAGGUGCCAUCUUCACUAGGAAGGCAAUCGUUGCUCACAUAUGAGAAGGAAAGUGAACCAGUGGCUUCGACCAGCAGACACAGAGCAACAUUGUCUGUUAAUGCUUCAAAUGUUGACUGGAACAUGGAAGACGCACUUGCAGAUCAUAGUAGCCAUUCAAACAGGUGUGAUGUCAGAGUAAACAAUCGAAAUGUGGUGGAAAAAUCACAGUCAGCGCCAACAACUGUAUACGCCAAGAAAUCAGAAGUUCAACAUGACGCAUCAAUUGCUCAUCCUGAGAAAAUUAUUCCUCGAUUGGGUAGUUUGAUUAGAAGCGUAGAAAUACUGAAAGGGAAUCAACGUGACAUCAUGUCUCUUUUAACCGUGCUUUUGCAAAACAUGACUUCACCACAGGAAAAUUUAGCGGAUACAAUAAACGAACACAACUUUCCUUUGCAGACAACUGCCGAUGUAUCGAAAUUCAAUAGAACACUUAAAGAUAAAUCAAACAUCGAAAAAAUGGUCAUCUUUGUAUCUGGGAUCGGUGGUACAGCCAACAACAUUGUGGGCAGGGUCAUGAAGACUUUGAUGACAUACAGGCUGGGUAGUCAGUACUGUUUUGCCGAUGCUAACGAAGACAAACAUGCAUUUAAAAUGUUGCCCAUGUGUCAGGUGAUUAUCGAUGGAAUAAAACAAGUUCACCCCAGCUUAUUAGACAAACACACGAUUAAAGGCAAGAUAUCAACAUGGUUGCGGCACUGCUCCCGAAACGCUGCAAAAGAAAAUGCGAGAGAAAACGACGAUGAAAGAGACGAAGAAUAAUUUAAUUUGAUGACAACAAACAUGUAGCAUUGUUCAUUUAUUAUUUUUGGUUCCAUUUUGUCAUAAAAAUGUUGUUGUCCCGUGUUAAUCAAAUUAUUGGCAAAAGAAGAAGCCUUAUCUCUGUUAAUUUAAACCUUUUUGUCAUUUAACUUCAAACUGAUCUCAAAACAAGAAGUUUGUUUAUUUGAGAUUUCGGAAAAAUAUACAAAAUUUAUUUGUUUACAUA